UUCGGCGCGUGCGUGUCGGUGCAGACGCUCCACUUCAUGACCGGGGUGUGCAUGGCGUACAGCUCCAGCCUCAUCCCCGCUCUGGAGAAGGACGACAGCGAGAUCCCCCUGGUCCGCUCGGAGAGCGCCUGGAUCGCCAGCACGUUCGUGCUCAGCGUCCCCCUCGGCGCGCUCGUCUCCAUGCUGCUCAACAACGCGAUGGGUCGUCUCCUGCUCAUCAAGACCGGGGCCGCGCCGUUCUGCGCGGGCUGGGUGCUCAUCGCCACGGCCACGUCCUUCGAGAUGCUCGUCGCCGGCCGCCUCCUCACGGGGGUCGCCAUCGGCAUGUGCCACGCGCCCUCGCUGCUGUUCUGCGCGGAGGUGGCCAACAAGAACAUCCGCGGCGGGUUGAGUGCCAUGGCCACGGGCUUCGCGUCGAUGGCCAUCGUGGUCUGCUACGUGAUGGGCGCGGCCAUGCACUGGCGGACGCACGCCUGGGCCAACUGCGCCGUCUUCGUCAUCCCGCUGACGCUGCAGACCCUGUUCGCCAUGGAGAGCCCCGUGUGGCUCAAGGCGCGCGCCAGGGACGAGGCGGCGGCCAAGUCCUCCAUGUUCUACUACAACGACCGCGACACGGUGCGUUCAGAAAACAGUUUUUCGCGAAACAAAAGGUUUUUCGUACAGCGUUUUUUAAUAACACAUUAUUUUUGCAAAAAUGAAAGUUUUGCAAAAACGAAAGUUUUGCAAAAAACGAAAGUUUUGCAAAAAACGAAAGUUUUGCAAAAACGAAAAAUAUUUUCGCCGUAA